UGCCGAUUUGGACCUUGAAGAUGUAUGCUCAUUUUAAUACAUCGUCGGCAUACACAUGCUUUGUGAGUGGAAUCAGAGUGGGCGUGUACGAACCAAACAAAACUCAGCGUGUCGAAGGAUUAUACCAAGCUAAACGACACAUUUGGGGCAUGAAGUGACGGUGGGUCACUGCUAAAAUUAGGUCGCUCCCUUCCCUGCCACGGCAGGCAUGCAACAUGCAACUGCGCAAUACAAGUUAUAGUAGUUUAUACCAGGGGGGGGGGGCAUCCAUGAUUAACAUUACCACCAGCACCCGUUUCCAGACGUCUGGAUGCAUGGACGUCGCUGAACCAAUGUCAUUCAUUUUAUAGUUGUCGGAGACAUUAAUGCAGCGGUGCUAUUUCAUUGCCAUAAAGGGCCUAUAACGAAUGCAGAAUGUCGUUCUUAACUAUUCCAAGUGAAGAUGGUCUUUUCACCACUGUGAAAGCAGGUAAAUCUGCCGAAGAUGGAGACAGUAGCACUACGUGUCCAGCGGAUGAUGAUGAUGAGGAGGAGGAUGACGACGAAGACGAUGGCAGCGAGGAAGUUAAUUUCAUCCCGAGAUGCUCUCCUAUCCCAAGGAAGCGCGGCCAAUCGAUAUUUGAUGAGGCGGACGAGUAUAUGCGUAUACAGUUGUCUCUGCCUGCAGCCAGGAGAAGGGUAGCGUUCGCUGACACAACAGGUGGGGAUCUGGUCGAUGUAAGGGAAUUUGUUGCCUUCGAUUCUGAUGAAGAAGAGGACCCAAGGUAUGAAGCGGAGGCUGCACAUGCAAGAGAGCCCACCUACCGCAUACACACAGAAUUCCACGUGGCAACGAGAAGUGCCCUGGCAGAGGCUGUUCAAACACACAAGGUGGAAGUUGAAAUGCUGUCCCCCAUAGAGAACGAACCCCUUGCCUUCAGUGGGAUCGUACGAGUGCUCAACAUCUCCUACCAUAAAGCGGUGUACAUCAGGUCCACCAUGGACCACUGGGCCACCUACUUCGAUCAUCCAGCUGAAUAUAUCCAGGAGUCAAGUGAUGGAGAGACUGAUGCGUUCUGUUUCAAGUUGUCCUUCGCCUCACCUUAUGACACCCAUGGUUCCAGCAUUGAGUUUGUUGUUCGCUAUGAAACCUCUGAUGGGGACUUCUGGGCCAACAACUCACAGUUGAAUUAUGUGGUUACCCUCUUAGUGUCUUACGAAGAUAAUUUAACUCCAGUAAACACUGACACAAAACAAGAAUUACGAGGGAUCCUGAAAGCCUCUAAGUUUUACAGUAUGGACAACGAUGGACAACAUAUGGAUGAAGAGGACCUGAGCACCUCCUCCCAACCACAGCAUGUCGGGCCUAAACCUGUUUGCCCAGUUAUCAUUCAUCCAGAGAUCGAUUUAGAGACUGCCGAUGACACAUUUGGUGCCCCACGGUCACCGAACCAAGAGCUCCAAUCUCUUGACGAUGCACAGUGCGAUGAAGCCAGUAUGCCCCACCAAUCACCUUAUAUGUCUUGUCGUAACACAACUGACCAACCAUUACAUGUUCUAUCUCCAGUUCACACUGCACCUCAGUCCAGUGAGUCACCCUCCCUACCUUCAGUCCCCUGUGAAUCGGUCAACCAGAUUUCAGAGCGUUUAGUAGAAGCCAUCAGCUGGUCCGCACUGCAGAACGAUCCGACCCCCUUUCAGCCUCACACACCGAGCUCCAGCACCAGCUCUCUGGCAGCAGAUGAGGAGCAGGGCAAAGACAGCUUUGCCCUCGAUAAACUUAUACCAUUCACUGUUACUCAGUCCCCUAUUAUGGAGGCCAGCAGCCAUCUUAGUAGUGAGGAUGAGGAAGUAGAGAUGUUGACCUUGGGAGAUGGAAAGGUCAAGCUAGCACAAACGUUUUCCAGAGGAGAGAUAGACUUGUUUGAUGAAAAAGUAAAGCAUUUAGAUUCAGAAUCAGAUGAGUGCACAUCUGAAAGUAGCCCCCGAAAUGAGAUCACCCCGGACAACGUUGAAGGCAAGUGGAGAUUCUGUGAGACGGAGGAGGAAACCUUACAGACGGCACCAUUGGAGAGCUUGAACAACGCCGGUGUUCCAGAUGUUCCAUCCACACCUAACACACAGCUGCCUUUAGCAUCUGAAAUGCUAACUGAGCAACCACCUUCCAAAGUUCAACAUUUGGACCUUCUGGAGAUAUCUAUGACCACAAAAGUGGAGAAUACAUAUGCUGGUAAAGCACAUUCAUGCCUGUUGACGCAGUUGGAGUUGCUAAGCGUAGAGAGAGAGACAGAACAAGAGAGAGGAGAGACACAGGCUGUCUUGAUGAGCCAUUCAGAUGAUCCUUAUGACAAAGAACAAAACACAAAGGUGGAUGAAGAAGAAGCAACACCAGGAGAUGCUGCCGCAUUAUUAGAAGAGGACGAGAAGGUCCAACAAGAAACACUGAGUUCAGACAUCGGUCAGACCAAUGGAGAACAAAGCUCAAUGUACCAAAGCACUAAUACUGACAAUCCAUUUGAACUUGGCACAUCAGUAAAAAACAACUUGCUAUAUCCGUCUGAUUCUGAGGCGACAGCAACACAGACCUCGCUGGUUGACCCCGAUACGAUAUUUAGAGACGCAUUUGAUAACCUAAGAGAGACGAGCCAAAGACCAGAAGAGGAAUCCAUUGAUUUAGUGAGCCCAGAUACGUGUCUCACUCCCCCAGCUCCAGAAUCUCCCCCUAGGUACGGCUCUUCUCCUUCAAUCGGAUCUAGCGAGCUAUCUACCACACCGUCGGUGGAUUCCAUUGCUACAUCUCCUCUCUGCGUUCCCAAAGCAGAGAGUCAGGUGUUUCUAGGAGAGGAGCGACAAGCUGCAACAUCAAACGCAGUCGCAGACACAAACACCUCGGCGACAUCAGAUGUUAACGUGUGUGACGCUACGCAAGGCGGGAAAGAGGUGGUGGAGCCGCCUCAAACACCCUCUGACUCAUCGGCAGCGUAUCCACCCUACACCUCCCUGACAGCUGAGGAGCCGUUAACCUCGCAUCCAAUGUGUAAGGUGGGGAAAAACCUGAGGCUCAGCAUCACCUUCCUGUGGGGUGUGACCUGUAUCUCCGUGGUGAUGGCGGACCCCAGUUCCCUGUUCAUCGUGGGACUUGUUUUGUCUGCACUCUUCUUUCUGAUUGCGUCAGAUUAGAGCUUUGUGGGGAAGUGGUUGAGGUUUUUGUUUUUGUUUUCAUCGUUCCUAAGAAGCAGACAAGUAGCACAUGUGUGAGGAUGUUGUGAUGGGGUGCACGUUCUUUAUGUUCCACGUGUUAUAAUGACUUGUCAUGUUGUCAACACAGACUAGUUUCUGAUACCAGGGGCACUUAAUACUUUAUCUGUACUCAUCAUCAUAAUAUUAUAAGAAUUCUCUCUAAAGGAGACAGAAGAAGAAAAAAGACAAUGUAACGAAAUGUUGUAGUUGUCUUAUACACUUGCAAAGUCUAUUAUCAGACAUGAAUAUAUACCCAUUUAUCGCAAAACAUUAUUACACAAAGGCCUUAACAAUCACUUGAAUUUGAUAGCACAACUGCAGCGUUUUGCUUUUUUGUAUUAUCAGAAUUAUGUCAGAGAUGUUCACAACGUCCUUCCACUGUGACACAUACAUAUCACAAUAACAUAUAUAUGGUUGGUUUUGCAUCAUUUAUAAGCCUACUCCAAAGAAUAUUAAAGGUUUACAUAAUAUAUGAUACGGUCUCUUUUGUAUCUUCUUG